AUGCAACGGAAGGUCUUGGAAAAAGUAGCCGAUCAGCCGAAAUCAUCCUCAAGAGCAAGUAGUGGUAGUUACAAGCCCGUGUGCUUUAAUUGCCACAAACAAGGUCAUUACAUGGAUCAGUGUCGAGCUGAGUGCGGUGGUUGUGGAGCAUCAGGUCAUGUCAUUUCACAUUGUAAUGCCUAUAAGAGUCAACCAAGCAACGUGUACAAUCCCUCCACCCAACGAGAAUUGGUUUCAGAGGCUAGUGAGAAAAAUGGCGAUAUGGGUGCUGAGCAAGAGGAUUUUCGGCAGGGUCGCCGUAAGCAGGUGUGGUCACCCAUGACAACACAAAGCCUGUAA